AUGGAGGCCGCUCCCCAGAACUCCACUGACUUUACCCUCCUGGGACACGUCACCCGUCCUGUGUCCCCUGGGCUUGUCUUUGCCAUGGUCUUCCUCAUCUUUCUCAUGGCCAUAAUGGCCAAUGCCCUCAUGAUCCUGCUCAUCCGCUUGGACACUUGCCUGCACAUGCCCAUGUACUUCUUGCUCAGCCAGCUCUCCAUCAUGGACACAGUCUAUAUUUGCAUCACUGUCCCCAAGAUGCUGCGAGACCUUCUCUCCAAGGAAAAGCUCAUCUCCUUCCUGGGCUGUGCGCUUCAGAUCUUCCUUUACCUGACCCUGAUUGGAGGCGAAUUUCUCCUUCUGGGCCUCAUGGCCUAUGACCGGUACGUGGCUGUGUGCAACCCCCUCAGGUACCCUCUCCUCAUGACCCACAGGAUUUGCCUGCUCAUGGUGGUGGCCUCCUGGAUCGGUGGCUCCCUGGAUGGAUUCCUGCUGACCCCCUUCACCAUGAGUUUCCCUUACUGUGGAUCCCGAGAGAUCAAUCACUUCUUCUGUGAGAUCCCAGCUGUGCUGAAGCUGUCCUGUGUGGACACAUCGCUCUAUGAGACCCUGAUGUAUGCCUGCUGCGUGCUCAUGCUGCUCAUCCCUGUAUCUGUCAUCUCUGUCUCCUACACGCGCAUCCUGCUCACUGUCCAUUGGAUGAGCUCUGCUGAGGGCCGGCACAAAGCCUUUGCUACCUGCUCUUCCCAUAUUGUGGUGGUGAGCAUUUUCUAUGGGGCAGCCUUCUACACGAAUGUGCUUCCCCAUUCCUACCACACACCACAGAAAGACAAGGUUGUGUCGGCCUUCUACACCAUCCUCACCCCCAUGCUCAAUCCACUCAUCUACAGUUUGAGGAAUAAAGAGGUGGCUGCAGCUCUAAGGAAAGUGCUGGGGAGAUUCACCUCCUCUCAGAGAAUCAGAGCAGGGGAUGCGUCCAGUAAACACUAG